UUGGUAAAACAGCACACCAAGGCAGUUUUGGCCCUCAACGAUCUCCGUAGCACGCAGGACAACCCACUUGCUUGCCAACGUGAUUUAGCGUGUGUGGAAGAAAGCCUUCUGAUCAACCUGAAUUUCUGYAGGUAGCAAGUCAAUAUAUCACAACUCAUCAUGGCAGAAAUUCAAGAAAUGUCUGAACUUGAGAAGAAGGUGUCUCAACAGCUUGAGUACUACUUCGGUGAUCACAACCUUCCAAGAGACAAGUUCCUCAAAGAACAGUUGCAGCUCGAUGAUGGCUGGGUGACUCUGGAAACCAUGCUCAAGUUUAACAGGCUGAAAUGCUUGACAACCGAUCACAGUGUAAUUGUUGAGUCUCUGAAGAAAUCCCAGACUGGCCUUUUGGAAUUGAGUGAGGAURAGACAAARAUCAGGAGAAUUUCAAGCAAGCCCUUACCAGAACUGAACGACAAGUACAAAGAUACCCUCAAACACAAAUCUGUGUACAUUAAAGGUUUCCCAUUGGAGACAACCCUUGAUGAAAUCGAGGGGUGGCUGAAAGGGAAAGGCGUCAUAGAAAACAUUCAGAUGAGACGCAAUAUCCAAAAGAAUUUCAAGGGCUCAGUAUUCCUGGUUUUUGACACUGAAGAAGCAUCAAAGCAGUUCCUAGCACGCACAGACACCAAAUCAUUCAAAGAAAAUGAAAUGAUUGUACUUUCAAGAGAGGACUACCAUGCAAAGAAAACAGAGGAUAGAAAACUGUUAAAAGCAGAGUCAAAGGCUAAGGCUAAACAUGACAAGGACGAAAAACAAAAACAAGCAGAGGAAGAGGAAAUGAAAUCUCUGGACGAGCAGACCGGAUGCCUGUUGAAGUUCUCAGGCAAUCUUGACAGUGUUUCAAGAGAGGAUUUUCACGAGGUGUUCUCAGGUCAUGGUCAAAUCAAAUGGAUUGAUUUCACCAGGGGUGCCAAAGAGGGUACCAUCCUCUUCAGAGUGAGUGCCAAGGAAGCUCUUGAUAAGGCCAAGGAAGCAAGUGRAGGAAACUUGAAAAUUAAAGGCGAAGACGUUACGUGGGAGGUGAUGGAGGGAGAUGCUGAGAGGGAAGCUCUGAAAAAGAUAAUUGAAGACCAACAGGAAUCUCUCAACAGACGUCGAGGUGGUAGAGGUGGCCGAAAAUCAGGUGGUAGAGGGGGGAGAGGAGGACGAAGGGACAGGGGUGGACGUGAUGGCAAAUCACACUACCAAGGCAGAAAGACCAAAUUUGAUGAUAGUGAUAAUGAUGCACCUCCUAGCCCRAAGAAGCGAGCCCUGGAAGGAGUGUGCAAAGAUGCUGAUGCUCCAGCUGCAAAAGUUGUCAAAACUGAAAAUGGGUCUUAGAAAUGUACUAGCACCUCUCGUUGAAGCAUUUUAUUUGAAAAGAAACCCAUUGAAAACAACUUUAUUCCAUUCCAGUGGAGGCUUCAUGUUGUGGAAAACCGUAKAAAGUCCACCUUGAUGUCAACCUAGAAAACAAUUUAGAAUGGAAAGUGUUCAGCCUUAUCAGUAAUGUGGUGUGCAUCUUACAUUGUCAAUACCUAUCAAUUUCUACCCUGAACAUUAUGGGACUUCUUAUUUAAUAUGGAUUUCAUUAGUUGUGUUGACUGCAUCUAAACAAAUAAUUUAAUUUCAGCAGGAGCAUAUUACGCCUGUUUUAGUCACCUCCAUACAAGAUGUGCAUGUUACAAGAAACUUGUUAAUCAGUGCCAUUCUUUUUUUUUCUCAAUUGUUUUAAUCAAGUGUAUACGGUUGAGUCCUAAAUCAUAGAUCUUGUUCCUUUUACUUGUGAAUAGCCAUUAAAGUUUUUUGAUUUUAA